UUUAUUAACUGUCAUUUGGAAUAUAUGUGAUGAAGAUUUAAAAACUUUAUUGUUUUGUAAAAAGUAACAUAGUGAUUUUAAAACGUUUUUAAAUAAUGUAACUUAAAUUAAAACGAUGGCAAAUCCAAGGAAAUUUAGUGAGAAGAUUGCUCUUCACACUCAGAAGCAAGCAGAGGAAACUGCAGCGUUUGAACAAGUUAUGCGGGAAGUUCUUGGAGCAAAACGGGUUGUUCAUCAGAAACAACAACUACUGAUUAAUCAGUCUCUUGGAGCUUAUAGAGGAGGUUCUUUGCCAAAUGUUAAUCAGAUAACCAGCACUAGUGGUGGUGAGCAGCAGGGAGUAGCAAUGAGAUUGGAAGAUGGAAAGCAAGCUUAUGAUCUAAGUGAAAGAUUGGAUGUAGACCGAACUAGGCAGUUUUGUUCACAGGCAUUAAGACAAAUUGGAAAUGAUAAACAGAUGAAUGAUUUUAUAUUGACAAGUGGAGGUCAAGCAUACUUAUCUCCACCUAUUGAUUCAAACUGGAGAAGAGCUACUUCUGACUCGGCUCUUCACCAAACUGCAACACAUUUACAAGACAUCGCCCAACUAAUGGCACAGAAAAAGGGACCACGUCAUGAAAUGGAUUAUGCACAACUGUCAUCAAAUGUAUGUGAUCCUAAAAAGCAACAAGAAGACAAUAUUUUAUCGCAUUUGUCUCAAUCCCUGCCAAAAUCCAGUGAGAUACCUGAUGUAGAUAUAUAUCCCUUGGUUGAUGAAAGCAGCUUGAUGCAUAUUGCUAUGUCCAGUAACACUGGUUCUCUGCCAGAUUUAACCAACCUACAGUUUCCUUCUCCCCUUGCCACACCAAUUGACAUUGAGGAUCAUACAGGAACACUAAUCACCUCUCCCUACAACUCAAGAAGCUCACCACAAACUAUGUCUGGGAACCUCUCCUCAACCUUGUCUCCAACUCAGCAACACACUCAUGCUAUUGAAACUGGAUUGAGUGAAGUGGGUCUAACCCCUCUAACUCCUGUUGUUGGACACAGCGGAGAUCGAGGGGGAAGCCGUCAUUCUAGUCCUGGUCCAUCUCCUUCACCCUCAUCACGACAUCGUCAUCAUCAUAAUCAAAAUAUAUUGGUGAUUGGUGGUGGUAGUUCUAGAAGUCGAGGACAUCAGCACGUUUCUCAUACAUUGAAACAACAAGUAGGUUAUAAUCGACCUACAAGACUUGACCAGGUUCAAAUGACAGUGGAGGGCCUGGCAAAAGAAACUAAAGGUCUCUCUUUAAAUAAUUACUCCUCACAACAAUCUGAACUUGGUGUUUACCUUGAACAACAGGCAUACUCAGCUUCUUCUCAUAAUAUUUAUGGAAACAAACCAGAAGCCUUGUCCCAGAUUUCUAUGGGCUUGUAUCACAACAGCGGGCCAUCUGACCAUUCGUGUAGUGCUCCAACAUCUCCUGUGGCACACAGUAUUUCUCCUGUUGAUUCUCCUGGUUUAGGGUUUAGCCUCCCCUUGAAUAAAAGUCCCUUCACUGACACAAACUACUACUUUCAACAACACCACCAACAAGCCAAAUCUCUUCAGCAGCAACUAGAACAGAUUAAAAUGUUAAACGAAGCAACUGAACAGACUGAUCAGUUGUCAGUGUUCAGUGACAACAACUCACCAGGUAUUGGGAACAUUCCUAUGUCACACACUAGUUCUGGCUCUGGUUAUGCAGCCGUUGAUGUAAGAUCAAGUGGUAAGAGUGAAACACUUGUAGAAGGAACUAAGUUCCUUUACCCUGAUGUGUUAGCCCAAGAUAUGAUGAGUAAUCAAGACACACUAGAGAUGGCCAUCCAGUUGUACGGCAUGGAUUCAUCAGGAUCAGAUACUCAUCUACAGUCUCCUUCUUUUUUGUCUACUUCUAAUGUGUUGUCUUCAAGUCAUCCACCCACACCUAAAACUCCACAAACACCAACAAGUAUUCCUGAUAUUGUUCUAACAGGUCCUGGGGUUGAGGAACAUUUAAUGAAACAAGAUUUUGCUAGUGGUUUGAGUACAGCAAUGGCCAACCUCUCUGGCUGUUUUGAUGCUGAUUUCUUCCCUGCAGAUGAAGCAUUAAGGGCUGGACUAGAUCCAAUUGAUUUGGAUGGGUUGCAGAUCCUUACAGAUCCAGAUAUAUCUGUAAUUACUGAUCCUGCCACAGAGGAAACAUUUCGCCUGGAUCGUUCAUAGUUUUCUGGUGUCAAUGAACUAUCGUAAGUUGGUUCAUGAAGCAGGAAACCAUAUAUUAUUAUAAAUAUUGUGCAUUUAUAGAGUAACAGUAACGAUUAUUAAAUGAAAGAAAGAUUUUUUUCAUUAUCAAAAUGCUGUUGAAUAUGAUAAAUGAGUGCCAAAUGAAGGAAAACACAAAAAUUACAUGGAUAUUCUCUUGUGAAAAAAGUAUAAACAUUUUGAUGGUAUAUCUAGUUUUAGGAGUUUAUGAACACUAAAUACAUCCACAUCUUUAGUCAUAGAAAAAAGUAUUACAAUAAAAACAAGUUGAU